AAUGUGUGGGAUCUGCUUUGUGCUACAUCUGACUGGUUCUGAGUUCACGCUUCCGAAUCAUGUUUACGAAAGACUCCGUAACCGAGGCCCUGAUACAAGCCAUGAUAUUAUUGAAACGUCCUGCAAUCCGGAUUACCGCUGCCUUUUCUCGGGUCACGUCCUCCAUAUGAGGGGGGAUUUGACCCCCCAGCCUUUGCAGGACGCCGCCGGGAAUCUUCUCCUCUGGAACGGCGAGGUUUUCGGCGGUCUGUCUGUCGGAGAGGAUGAAAACGAUACCGAAGUACUUCUCCGCUGCUUAUCUGGGUGUGAAAGCCCAUCAGCCGUGUUAGAGCUUCUGUCUCGGGUGCAGGGUCCGUGGGCUGUGAUUUAUUACCAGAAAGCCGAGCAGUGCGUCUGGUUCGGGAGGGAUUUCUUCGGGAGGAGAAGCCUGCUCUGGAGCUGGGGGUCAGACUCCAGAUUUCUGUCGCUCGCCUCGGCGUCCUGCCCCUCGCCGGAUUCGCGGACGCCGUGCUGUCAGGAGGUUCCGGCGGUCGGCGUGUACAGGCUGAAUUUGGGCUCCUGCUCACGGCGGACGGGUUUGCGGGUCGAGCUCUAUCCGUGGGUCCGGGGCGGAGCCGAAAUGCCGAGCGACUGUGUCCCGGAAGGUCUGCACAGGUCCGUGUGUGUAACACUGAACGAUCGUGGACUCGCGUUGACGUCUCCAAUUCCCCCGAUGAACACGUCAACAAUAGAACAGCCAAUUAAUGAUGACGAACAUGAGACGCCUUCGCAAACUGGACUUGAUUUUUUAAAAACGCUCCUACAAACUUCAGAGAGAAGAGAAACCGUCCGCCGUCUCGUAGACGUGCUCAGCGAGGCCGUACGGAGGCGAGUGCGCUCUCUACCCUGCGUAACCGACGUCUCCGAAGACGAGGCUCAGAUUGCCGUGCUUUUCUCCGGAGGAAUCGACUCCAUGAUUCUGGCCGUCCUUGCAGAUCUGCACGUCCCCGCAGACCGACCGAUCGACCUCCUGAACGUGGCGUUUAAGCUUCAGGAACCAAAAAUAAUUCAGUGGAACAAGAAGAAAGGCCAGAACGACACCUCUGAUGGUUCUAGCACGGACCGCUUCGACGUACCGGACAGAAUCACCGGACGGGCCGGUCUGCAGGAGCUCAAGGAUCUCAAUCCUGCACGGAGAUGGAACUUCGUCGAGAUCAACGUUACUCAAGACGAGCUAAAGGGAAUGCGCGCCAGGCACGUGCGGCACCUGGUGCACCCUCUAGACACGGUUCUGGACGACAGCAUCGGGUGUGCGGUGUGGUUCGCGGCCCGAGGAACUGGCUUCGUCUCAGCCGGUACAGAACAGACGCCGUAUUGUUCCACAGCGAAGGUUGUUCUGACUGGCAUCGGGGCGGACGAGCAGCUGGCGGGUUACUCCAGACACCGCGUGCGCUUUAAAACCGCCGGUCUGCAGGGCGUGGCCGACGAGCUGGCGAUGGAGCUGGGUCGGAUCUCCUCCAGGAACCUCGGCCGAGACGAUCGCAUCAUAGGAGAUCACGGUAAAGAGGCGAGGUUUCCGUACCUGGACGAGGGCGUGGUGAGUUUCCUGAACCAGCUGCCGGUUUGGGAGAAGGCAGAUCUCUCUCUGCCCAGAGGAGUCGGAGAGAAGCUCCUGUUGAGGCUGGCGGCUGUAGAACUGGGACUCGGACCUUCUGCCCUGCUCCCCAAGAGAGCCAUGCAGUUCGGCUCUCGGAUCGCCAAACUGGAGAACAGCCGCGAGAAGGCUUCGGAGAAAUGCAGCAGACUGCUCGAGAGUUAAAGCUGCAGAGAUUUUUUAUAAACGAGGGAUCUUCGAAAAGUUUCCUCACUUUUUAAAAAACUAUUUAUUAAGAAUUUCAAAAACAAACUCCAUCACUUUUCUACAUCGUCGCCUUCCAAUGCAUUUUUCCAGCGUCGUACCAAUCAGACGGAGCUAAAUCCGGACUUUAAGCGUCUCUUAGUCUCUCAGACACGAGCGAUUCCUCCUCCUCUCACCGCUUAUAACCACAAUACACAAGUGAGGAAACUUUUCGAAGAUCCCUCGUAUUAUUUAUACUUCAUCACGUAACGUGUACUGUGUUCUUACUGCUCUUCUUAGCGUUGUUCAUCCUUAUUCUCGUUCAUAUUCCUUUUAUGAAAUGUAAUGCCAUGAAUUAAAUAAAUAAAAUGUGUUUUUCAGACACUGA